AUAAUCCCCUCCUUCGUGCUUCCUGGUUAGAUUACACGUAGCAUCACUGCUGUCUGUGUUUAGAUCCGCAGGGAGAUCUGAACACACACUUAAUUCAUGUAUGUAAGGUUGUUGGUCACUCAUGUGAACGUGUACGUGUACUUUAACUAGAAUGACGUGACAGCGGCGCCCCUUGCCGUCUUUGAUGUCAUAUGUAAGCUAAGCUAAGUUAGCGUGCUAACUCAGCGUUAGCGCAGCUAGCAGAUAGUUGUGUCGUUUGCCAUUUUUACAAGAUGUAUACUUUAUUGUCUGGAUUAUAUAAGUAUAUGUUCCAGAAGGAUGAAUACUGUGUGUUGAUCCUGGGACUGGAUAAUGCCGGGAAAACGACCUUCCUGGAACAAACCAAGACAAAGUUCAGUAAGAACUACAAGGGAAUGAAUUUGUCAAAGAUCACGACUACAGUUGGUUUGAACAUUGGAACGAUCGAUGUGGGAAAAGCUCGUCUGAUGUUCUGGGAUCUGGGAGGUCAGGAGGAGCUUCAGUCUCUGUGGGACAAAUACUACGCUGAGUCCCAUGGAGUGAUCUAUGUGAUAGAUUCCACUGAUGAAGAGCGCCUGUCAGAAUCUAAGGAGGCCUUUGAGAAAAUGAUCAGCAGCGAGGCUCUGGAAGGCGUUCCUCUCCUGGUACUCGCCAACAAGCAAGACGUACCGAACUGUCUGUCAGUGCCGGACAUUAAGACAGCCUUCAGCGACUGUGCCCCGAAGAUCGGCAAGCGUGACUGUUUAGUCCAGCCGUGUACGGCCCUCACAGGGGACGGAGUGAACGAAGGCAUUGAGUGGAUGGUGAAGUGUGUGGUCAGGAACAUCCACCGGCCGCCCAGACAGAAGGACAUCACAUAAUCACAACCAUCAUCACCUCCUGGUGUGAUUUGGACUGGAACUUUCUCCUAAAGGACAUUCCGUGUAAACCCUGGAGCCGAUGACUCUCCUCAUGUUUCCUGUGACGUUGAACGGCUUGGAUUUCUACUUUUAGAGUGCAGCAGUAUUUUAUCACCAAGCAUAACUCCACAUCUGCCUCUUUGCACUUGCUGUGGUUUCUUCUGCUUCUUCAGACUGAGCUGCUGCCUGUACGGACCUCCACUGACACCUUCUCACAUAAAAUACACACAGCUUUCAUAAAGGGUUACCUGUUUUUUAUCUAAUUCACGGAGCAAUGUUCAGUUCACAUUUUUAGUUGGAAUGGAAGAAAACGAUCCUCUUGUGUCAACAGAUAGUAAUACUGCAGCAGCAGCUGUGUUUCAGACAGGAACAGAAGCUUUUGGAGUGUGUUGUGUUGGUUGGUCAAUCUUUUACUCUUUUUCACCACAUCUGCUCAUUCGCUGUCACAUCAGCAGUUCAGCCUGUCGUCCCUUCCCAGCAUUCAGUGUUUGGUCAGACUCUUUGUGCUGUUUGUGUCGUCUGAAUGAGUGGAGAGCAGUUCUACCUUGUCCUGUGACUUCAACACUGUUUCUGUGACUCUGUGAGGUCAAUCAGGACACGACCCCAACCCCAUAAACACAAUAUAAACAGCACAGCGCCUCUGCUGGCAGGAAGGACAGAAGGGAUGCCACAAACUAUUAGUAGUUCUGACACACAUGGAAAUGAGAGUACCAGCAUUAGCCAGAAACCACAAGUAUGUCCAAAUACAUGUAUGUGUGAAUUAGUCCAACAUUCUGAUCUGAAGUGAGCCUGGAACCAUCAUGGAGCUGAUUUGUUUGAUCUGCAGAAGAGCCUCUGUAGAAGAGGCUGGAGUGGAGAGAGGAUUUCUGGAGAAGGCCUCAGUGUACAGAUACGGCUCAGAAGAUAUCUCUAAAUGUGUGACUUUGAUCAACGGCAUUAGUUUGAUUCUCCACAGAACGAGGGUUCUGUUUUUACUUGUCAACAUGUUUCAAGCUAUUGUAGUGUCAUAUUAUGGAUUUACAGCUACGAUAGCAUGAGCACCUGUUGGACAGAUGAGUAGAAAUCAGUCUGAUGAGUUCUUCUGUUCUAACAUGGAGAUCUAAAACUCAUGUGGUCCAUGUUUUGGAGGAAAAGGAGAGUAGCUACUGUAAGUCCAGUGCUGUAUAUUGUUGUGUGUUUGUGUUGCUUUGCUCAGUGAAGCUCCAUGCAGGAACCCAACAGUCCUUCCAGAUGUGUGCUCUUCUCUGCAGCCUUUGGCCUCUGUAAAUUAUCCAUAGUUGGGUUUCUUACUGAUUUAGUUUGACUUACUCUGGAAAUGUUAAAAUGCAUAAUUUGUGGAGACACUACAGGUGGCUGGGUAACUGGAUAUGAACUCUACGAAGCCUGAAUGCACAAAGUGUGCUGAAUGGAUGCAUGAAGUACGAACCUUCUGCCAGUCACAUCAACUGUGUUAAACAGGUUGUUAUAAUAAAACUCUCAGUUCAACAAA